AUGAAGACCGCCAGGAGGACGAAGGAGCUACAGCUGCUGUCUGCCAUUGGCUUUACUGGGAAGGUCGUGGGCGGGCUACACCUGCAGAAGGAUCAAGGUCUGGUGUACCCCGUGGGUGUAGGUGUGGGUGUGUGGGACCGUGCAGGUGGGCGUCAUGCCAUCCUACACGCUCACAACCGCCCCAUCACCGCCCUCGCUGUGUCUAGGUCAGGCCAGCUGAUAGUGUCUGCCCAGAACAGUGACCCCGGAUGUCUGGUGAAGGUGGUAGUGUGGAGGUACCCUGAACGCCAGGAGUAUGGCAGCUACACGGUACACAGAGAGGAGGUGGCCGCCGUGGGUGUUACAUCUGGCAACGAGGAGUAUGUCGUGAGCCUUGGGGCGGUCCAAGAUGGCUACCUCGUGGUGUGGCACAUCCCCACCAGGAGGCCAUUGUGUAGUGUCUUGGCGGGGGAGCCAGGCCUGGGCAUCGCCACCCUGCUGUGUACGGCACCCAUCACGCCCACCCUUAUGGUGGUGGGCGGCACGAGGAUGCUCAGGGCGUGGUCGCUCAACCCCGACAACAAUCGACUCACGCCCACGCCCAUCUCCCUUGGUCUGUUGGAGAGGAACUACACUUGUCUGCAGAUGGACGGGGCAGAAGAGUUCCUGUAUGCUGCCACCACCACAGGCGACGUGGUCAAGGUGCGACUCAACAUGUCAACCACGCCAGGUACUCGCUACAGUAAUUACAAAAGUAAUUACAAUUCUCUAAAAGCCAUUUGA